AUUUGGUCAAGGGACAUGAACUACAGCAUAUUUUUACAUUAUCAAAUUAAAUUUAAGAUUUAUGGAGAAGUUCCAAUUUUAUGUUUACAGCUGCGUGAAGAUGAACUGCGAGAUGCAGUUUUACUAGUGUUUGCCAACAAGCAAGAUUUGCCCAAUGCCAUGACUGCUGCAGAGCUUACUGAUCGCUUAGGUCUUAACCAGUUGCGCAACAGGAGGUGGUAUAUCCAAGCAACGUGUGCAGUUCAAGGACAGGGUUUGUAUGAAGGUCUGGACUGGCUAUCCAAUGAAUUGUCAAAGAAGUAAUGUGUAUCGAUGUAUGUCUGUAUAUUUUAUUUGAUCUUUUUAUAUUACAGCUAGCUGCAUAUUGCAAAAUCUCAAGUAUAAGGUCUAUUACUAAAUUUUCAGUUUUGUUUUUGGAGAUUUAUGUUUUCUUUGUUUAAAUAUUUAUUAGAGGUAAUUACAUUUUUGUUAAAUCAGCAUGUUUUGUAUUCAUUUCACUGAAAUAUUGCAAAAAUAAAAGUCUGUAAUCUAGUUGAAGACUUGUGGACCCUUAUCUAGAAGUCAUAUUUUACGUAGUGGAGUACUCUUGUUCUACUUUAUGAAUGAAUAUAUAUAUUUUUAAAACGAAGGUCUGUGUGAUUUAUCUUCAGGCUGAAGGCUGGCCAUUUCAAAAAUUAUUUAAUAGCAAAACUUGCGUUAUCCUAGUGGAACAUUGAACUUAUUGUGAUCAAACAUCAAAGUGAGAAUAGCUGUUCUCAUAUUGUUAAUAACUUUAAUGGUGCAUUGGUACAACUCCAGUAUAGAUGGCUUCUAAGUUUACUGAAGAUUUGUGUAUUUUUUCACUGCACUUAAGGGAAAAGAAUCCUAAAGAUAAAAGAGUGUACCAUAGCAAGACUUCCACAUCAGUUGCAGCUGCAGUCCUACCCUUCCACCCCUAAACGUGUGAUUGUGUGCAUUUUGUUGAAUGUUAAAAAUAGUUGCGGGGAUGAAUGCCAAUCCAUAGUAGCGUAAGGCUAUGUUCUCCUGAGACAACAACCGUAUAGAAUUACAGAAAUUUUAAUAUAACAUUUACUAUGUAUGGGGAGUGCUAACCUCCUGUAUGAUGUAGUUUGUAUAUUUUGGAAUAUAGAUUUUUGGGUUACCUAUACCAAGUGACACAAUCAGCCCAUUUGGUCUUAAGGCUUCUUGACCAGCUGGUGAUCAACACUACGGAAAGAGUUGAUGAUACAUCAAUACAUUCUAAGGCUUCAACAUUGUUAUGUACAUAUGCAGUAUGGCGGCAUUAUGGUGUUUUCCUUUCUGUUGAUCUUUGUGCUCACACUCCUGCAGGUUUUUUUGUUAUUGAAUUUCAUUGUCCAUGUUUCAGGUUAUACUUGAUAGAAAAAGGCAAUGGAUGCAUUUUUUUCAUAAUAUUAGCUUAAAACACAAGCCAGGUAUGUGACUCUAUCACUCAUGUUAUUUGUUAUUUCUCUCUAUCCAGCAAGAUUUUAUUUUUCUGUGACAGAAUGUGUUCUAAUUUAUGUACUUGUGACCUCAUUAUUGGAAAAGCAGACAGCAUCUGCUCCUUUAGUACAUGGAUCUUAGGAAUAUCACUGAGAAUCAAAGUGAUAUGUUCUUCAUUGAAUAUCUAAAAAUUAAGCAGCCUGGGUUAGAAGACAUUCCUUGUUACUUUAUUCUUGUCUUUUGUCUUCUUAUACAUGAGAGGACAAAGAUAGGUCAUAGUUUGUAACUUCUUAAUAAACAUGUUUGACAACAGUG